GGAAGUUAGCAUGUAAAACCGGACCUUCGCUGCCUGAGCUCACAUCCUGUCCGUUACCAACCCGUUCACUAUCAAAGCGACACUGGACUCUGUCUGACUGUCAUCGUUGGUACGUCAGUUUUUUGGAUACUCAUGGUUCUUCUUGGCUCAUCAAAAACUUUUGCUGCCAACGAUGGAUUUUCCCCUUUAAGCUCCUCCUUCUUCAAAAUGGUCAUAAGAACCCUUUACUCGUCCUAAAUCAUCCAGGUUCAUCACCAUGGGAUGAUUUGUCGCUGGCUAUUUUUGCUAAAAGUUGCAUCAGAGGAGAAAUAUCUUAAACCUCAGAGACUGUAUUUUUAUUUGUCCAUCACUAUUUCAUCUGCCUAACCAGGUUGCCAUGGGCUGCUAUGGAGUUUUCAGCAAGUUUUCACGCAGGGGGAAAUUUUUUGCGCUGCUCAUUUUCUCGCUCAUGGUGGUGGCGUGGAUAGCAACCUAUUCUGGCGACACCGUGAAACGCACAGCGGCUCUUCCAACCCUAACACAAAACGCUCUCACAAAAUAUAAACUCAAAGUGAACUUUGAGGCUCUGACUUCAUCACCUAGUGACUUAAAUGCUGCACAGAAACAUCCAUGCCCAGAUACGUCUCCAUUACUCAAAGGAUCUGUGAACCUGACCUUCCCAGCUCUGAAACUGAAGGACGUUGAGAUGGAAAACCCUGAUGUGAGCAGGGGAGAGUUUCAGCCGCCGAACUGCACGGCCAGGCAGAGUGUGGCGAUCCUCAUUCCACAUCGCAACCGAGAGAAGCACCUCCUCUACCUUCUGCAUCACCUGCACCCCUUCCUUCAGAGGCAGCAACUCCACUAUGCCAUUUAUAUUAUCCAGCAGACCAGUGAUGCGACCUUCAACCGAGCCAAGUUACUAAAUAUUGGCUACUUGGAGGCCUUGAAGGACUUCAACUGGGACUGCUUUGUCUUCCAUGAUGUGGAUUUGGUUCCUGAAAAUGAUCACAACUUAUACAUCUGUGACAAACACCCCAAACACUUGGUGGUUGGCAGGAAUGUCACGGGUUACAAGUUACGGUACAAAGGUUACUUUGGUGGGGUCACUGCUUUGUCCAGAGAGCAGUUCUUGAAGGUGAAUGGCUUCUCAAACACUUACUGGGGUUGGGGUGGAGAAGAUGAUGACCUUCGCAUCAGGGUUCAAUUGCAGAAAAUGGAAAUCUUGCGGCCUCCUGCUGAUGUCGCCCGGUACACCAUGGUGUUUCAUAAACGAGAUAGCGGCAAUCAAAUAAAUAAAGACAGGAUGAAAUUGUUAGCACAGACACCAAAAGUGUGGAGAACGGAUGGACUCAACAGCUGCUCAUAUAAGACUGUAUCACUUGAAAGGUUACCUCUUUAUGUGAAUGUUACUGUGGACGUGGGUAAGCCUGAGAGGUAAAGCAGUCAAGCAGAAAACCUCCGUGACCAAAACGAUUUUUAAUGUAUUUGCUGAAAUUAGCUGUGAAACAUUUUCAUAUCAAAAUGAAAAUAGCUUUAAAGUUUUUUUCUUUUUUUAAAGAAUAGUUUUAUUCCCACUCUUUUAGUCUGUCAGAGACUUACUCAAAAACAUAUUUCUCCUAAUUUGACCCGUACGCAAUAACUAAAGUCAAUAUUUAAUAACUAAUCUAAAGUCUAUCGUUCAACGUAUAUGGGAGUGGACAGAAAGUCAAAGUCUUCUUUAUAAAUCAUCAGAAAGCCACAUUGAUGGAGGCUAUGAUAUCAGCACCUCCAUCAAUGUGGCUUUCUGUUAAUCUAACCCAUCUGCUUUAAAUAUUUCCUUGUGUUCAGAUAAUCUUUUGCAUACAUCAGUCAUCACAUGUGAUCUUCUGAGUUUCGGGUUUGGUUUCUUUUUUUUAAUUUCCUCUCAGUGAAACCUUAGGUAAACCUUAGAUAUGCCUUGAGGCGAAACACCAUGAAGUCAAAACAAAUUUAAAGUCGCUCAAACCAUUUUUUUAAAAAGUUACAAAUAUUAAAUUAAAAAACAAGUUUUUUUUUUUUUUAGUUUAGAUAUAUUAAGCUGUUACCAUGUGACCGAUGCCCCAUUAGAAAUAUCCAUUAAUUAAACUUAGAAAUGGGACCACGAACUGCACAAUUUGGAUAUUUUGGUGUCAUUUUUUGGAUGCAUUAUUGUCCUGACAAUUUUACACUAAAAUAGUAUAUUUAGCUUAAGCAUACCUUUUCAGUCCAAUUUAAAAUGAGUACAGUAAGUGACUGAUCUACAAUCACUUUAGUCUUAAUGUCUCUGGGGGUGAAUGAUCAUUUUACCAAUUCACUGAUUUGCACACAGACUAUUAAAGUUAGGUGCCUUAUUUUCCUGUCAUUGUUGAUCCCUCAUGCCUUAGUAAUAUAGUCAAAUUAAUUUAAAUUUUCAGAUUUUAAGGCAAACAUGAGCUAUCUUAAAUAUAUUGAGUAUAAUCUCAGAUUAAGGGGCUUUCAACCUGAAAAAAAAAAAAACAAAAAAUUGUUCUUUGGCAGCCGUCUUUUAAGAUAUUUAUGUACAUUGUUUAAAGUAAAUCUUUGUUCAGAUUAACUUCAAAAUUUUAGGAAAUAAAUAUAAGCUUGUCUGUGAGAAUCACAGGAAGAUGAAAACUGGAGGCAGAAACAACAUAAUAAUAAAAUGAUGUAGAAAAAAUUAUUUUCGCUACCGGUAAAUGUAAUUCAUUAGAAGCCGCUAAAGACGAAAAUCAACAAGAUUAAAAGGACUAAAUUAUUCUUCCCUUAUACAUUUUGUUAUUGUAAAUCUAUUUAAUUGUUUUGUUUAACGUGUUAAACAUUUGGUGAAGACAUAGAUGACUCCCGACAAAUUGGCAAAAAAAAGUAAUUUUUUUAGAUUAGAACUAUUUUUAUCGUAUUUAUUUCACAUACAAAGGUUAGAAGACUCAAAACAAGUUUUACAGUUUAUUGUUUGUUUAACCCCCUGCCUGUAUGUUUCACCACCACGUUGCUGAAUGUCUUGAAAUUGAUCAAUUAGCUUUUUCUUUUUUAUUUUCUACCUUAUUUAGCCCAGACUAGAGUCAAAUUCUACUGACUCAAUACCUUUUCCUUUUUGGGGGAAUUUACUUGGUGACUGGUUAUUUAUUUUACCCUUUUCUUUUUUUUUAAGAUUUUUUAAAUCAUUUAUCCUAAAGUGCAACUAGCAAGUUAACAACCACUCCCUCCCAAAAUACUGGGAGAAAUGAAAACUAAUUUCAGAAAACAACUUAUGAAUCUAGCAGUGAAGACUGUAAAACAGAGAAAGAUAUAAAUGCAGAUUCACAGAUGAGUUUGUCCUGCAGAAUGCCUCAAACUUCCACAGGCUACCUUGCUGGUGAUUUGAACGAAUACUGAAAAAUUCCUCCAAACAUCAGAUGACCGUCUCACUCAGUACAGCUUAACAUCUGAUCUGGAACAGCAUCAAACUUCUGGACUCCAUUUUUAUCAGAAAUAAGCACAAGUGAAGGAGCCAAACAGGAAAACAGUCUCUAGCACAUCUGGGCAACAGAGUCUCCACUUAUGUCACUUAAAAUACAUUCAGUCAACAAAAAAUGUGUAAAUGAAACAAUCUGCAAAAACACAUACCUUUAAGAUAUUGUAACCUGCUUGUUGCACUCUGACUAUUUCAGACAGUUGUUUUCUUGUUUGUAUUUUAUUAAAACAUAUUCAAAAGAUUUUUGCCUAA